AUGAACUGCUUUGUAGAUGGCACCAGGUGCCAGUUUUCACCAUGUGCACUUGGCAACCGACUCCCUCUCUGCGCCAUUGGCUUCGCUGCAGGGACCACAGGCGGUGCGGGCGGGCCAUACUACAUGGUCAGCCAAUCAGACGAUGACCCAAAUGACCCAGUCCCAGGAACUCUCCGUUACGCUGUUGAUUUCGCGGGGAGAAACAAAGGAGGGGCUUGGAUCAUCUUCAAAAGGAGCAUGAUGAUUAAGCUCAAGGAAAAACUAUGGAUUAGUUCUAAUACAACAAUAGAUGGGAGGGGUGUGAAUGUAACCAUUGUCGGGAAAGGCCUUGUUCUUGCAAGGGUGAGCAAUGUGAUCUUGCACAACUUUGAGGUGGUGUCCACCGGGCAAAGCGAUACCGUCCAUGUGUUUGAUGGGUCACACCAUGUCUGGAUCGACCACCUGAGCUCGCAUGAUGGAAAUUUGGGGCUGGUCACGGUCCUUCAAGGAUCGACGGACGUGACCGUCUCUAAUUGCUAUCUUUCCAAUCACAACUUCAACAUGUUGUUGGGUGCAUCGGAUGAGGAUACCAUGGAUCACAUACUAAGAGUAACGGUUUAUCGGAAUUGGUUCGAUUCAUCUAACCAAAGGAUGCCGCAUUGCAGGUGGGGAUACUGCCAUGUAGUGAACAACUACUACAGGGAUUGGAAAUACUAUGCAAUAGGAGGGAGGGUGCACGCCAAGGUUCUUUCGGAGCUAAAUGUGUUCGAGCCAGGCCGGCGGUUAGAGGUGACGCCAUGGUUCAACCGCUUCACCUCCGACCUGACCCCGACGAUUGUGUCAUCCAAGGACCUUAUGUUGAAGGGCGCGACGUUUCAUCAAUUCCUCAAGUUUGGCACACUUAACACUCCACACAGCGAAUUCCCAUCAUACGUUCUCCCAGUGCGGCCCACCGGGUCGCUGAUCGGUCUAGUGAUUAACUGUGGUGGGGUCAUGUGGGGAGCCAAACUGAACCGUUGCAUGGCUACUACAUGA